AUGCAGCAGCAGCAGCCAGAACAAAGCGAAAUCCCCAGCCGUGCAUCUCGUUUGCCUGUCAACCCGCGACGGCACAAGGUAGCGCCAGAGCAACGGAAGCGUGUUGCAACAGCGUGCAACAGCUGCAAUGUCCGCCGCAUCAAAUGCUCCGGUGAAAGGCCGUGCCGCCAAUGUCGCAGCUCAUCACGAGAAUGCCAGUAUCCCACCGUGAUCGAGAAAGUCUCCGUCGCUAGGAACGAUCUAGAUGAUCUGAGGAGGAAGCUUGAGAUCGCAGAACGGGCUCUGCAGAUUGCCGUACCUGACGACGUUGCGAGACAGCAACUGUUGCAACAGGAUGCCGACGUGAAGGGGUCUCGUGCCGGAUCGGCUCCGUCCAUCACACCCCCAGAGCCGCAUGAUUCUUACGCUGAAGCGAGUAACGAGAUUGUUGCCGAGACCGCCGAUGGACGUCCACUGCACGAUCAGGAUGGAAGAACCCGUUUUCUUGGCGAGACCUCUGGCGCAACAUUCCUUGACUAUCUCAAGGAGUUCAUGUCCACCGUCUUGCCACUUGCAUUCAACCCGCAGUGGCUACCGCCUACGCCAAAUAACGGUUUAACAUUUCUUUCUUCUCUCGGCAGUUAUCAGACUUACGACUCUCGUCCCAUAGAGGUCGAGUCGAACGCGGACCCUCUCGCACUGCCUUCCCGGGACGAAAUGACUGCUAUGCUCGGCAAUCUCCGUUAUUUCAUCCAAGACGGCAACGGCAGCUUCCCGUGCGGCGGUAUCUACUGGUGGGGCGAUCUCAGCAAACCGCCCACCGUCCAAGCUCCCACCGUGUCCGGCGACCCGAAGUCCGAUGUGUUUCCGUCCGGGACCCCUCAACAGGUUGUCUCCGACAAUUAUCGUCACCUUGCAUUCUACCAUACCGCUUUUGCCGUCGCCUGUCAGGCGAAUACCACGGCGAGUUCGAUACCGGUCCCAAAAGAUUUGAGCCAGAGUUACUUCGCCCGCGCCCGCCUGCUCCUCGGCAACCCUCUCGAUAUUACCCGGUAUACCAUCAGUGACGUUGCUGUUCUAGCACUGAUGGGCUUCUACCUCAUCGAGAUGAAUCGCCGCGAUGCAGCAUACGUCUACGUGAGCAAUGCCAUGCACAUAUCCAUCAUGCACGGCGCUCACCGUGGCUGGGUCGACGAGCGAGGGAAACGCGUUUUCUGGACUCUUUAUAUUCUCGAUCGCUGGCUGAGCUGUCUCAUGGGCCGUCCUCCUAUUAUCAUGGACGAUGCGAUCCGGCUACCACUGCCUUGCGAUGAUAUUGAAAAGCCAGGGUCUUUACCCCCUGCAGCCGGCCUUCGAGCCCACGUCGAGCUGGCCCGCAUUUCGGGCCACAUUGUCUGCAACACGUAUAGAGUCGCCCCCUGGGAUCGUGGUCCCGGAGGUGCGGCGCGGCAUAUCGACCGAGCGCUGCAGUUGCUCGGGAGCUGGCAGUCAUCACUACCACCUACCCUGCAAAUGUCUACAUCCCAUCCAAGUAACGAUCCCUCAUGCUGUCUCCUGCAUAUGGCAUACAACCAGCUUCUCAUCCUUGUCGUCCGCCCCAUAUUCUUCGCUGCCGUUAAAAAGACCUUUGCCGAGCGCUACAUCACCUCAGACCGCCGUUGGGAAUUCUCGCACCACGCAGACCGCAUAAGCUCCUGCUCCAAGGCGGCGCAUGGGAACUUGUACCUCGCUCGCUGGCUGAUGGGUCUCAACGGUGGUACUCGCAAGUUCUUGCAAGCGGGGUUGCACUACAUAUUCAACGCCGCUAUUAUUCUCAUGCUGGAAGAGCUUCUCGUCUUCUCGCCGGCCGCGGAGCCCGACGAUAUUAACGUCAACUUUGCCAUCGGUAUCUUUGAAGAAGAGGCCAAGACGGAAAGCAACUACGCUCGCGACUGCGCCGCCGUCCUGAAAGACCUCCAAUCCAUAGUUAAGAAUUUGCGACUAGACAGUCAAGCUGUCUAUACUGCCCGCGCUGGUGGUAUCAGCGGAGGUCCUUCUACCCCGGGCUUAACGUCAGACGACGUAACGAACGUCAGCAGCAGCAUCAACACGCCGUCUACGUCAUAUUCUCAACAAUCUCAGCAUCAAACCUUCCCGCCCGGGCCAAAUCAGGUGUUGUAUCCCAUGACGACGGAGAAUGGCGCGAUAUAUGAAGAACUCAUGGCUUGGGUUGAACACAAUGACGCACAAUUGUACAGUAAUAACUAUUCCAUAUAA